UGAGGGUCCCGCAACAUGCUAUACAAAUUCCACAGCCCGCCUAUGCCACAACAACUGUUCUUCUGCAUAUCCGGCUGUCUCUCGUUACCAGCGAAUAGGAGUGGCUGUCGCUAUACGAACCUGGCAUGGGCUCUACAGACUCAUUGUUACAUUUCUGCUCCAUGUAGCGUGACAAUACAACAAUGCAGGCAAGGCAGCUUUUUCAACAAAUUGACAGCUGAUGAGCUGUGGAAAGGGGUUUUGGCAGAGACCGGUGCUGGAGCAAGGAAGGGAAGAGGAAAGCGAACCAAGAAAAAGAUUAGGAGGGAUCUCAAUAGAGGCCAGGUCAUUGGUGAAGGACGUUCUGGUUUCCUUUGGCCUGGUCUCAAUACUCCUAUAAUGAAAAGUGGGGUAGUCCAGACAAUUGGUCAACGAGACAAAGAGGAGCAGGAGAAGGUGCAGUCUGAAAUUAUCCGGAAGAGGGAUGAGUGGGAGAAGAGAAGAAAAACAAAGGUGAAGAGAGAGAGAGGCUGGACUGGAAAUUCCUGGGGAGGCAUCAGUCUGGGACCCCCUGAGCCAGGUCCUAAUGGAGAAACUUAUGAAGACUUUGACUCCAGGGUAAUUGAGGUGAAACAUGUAUUUAAUAUGACAGCAAAGGAAGGCAGAAGAAGAUCAGUUAGUGCCCUAGUGGUUGUUGGAAAUGGAAAUGGGGCUGCAGGUUUUGCAGUGGGGAAAGCAAGUGACAGGAUGACAGCUUUAAGAAAAGCAAAGAACAGAGCAAUUCACUAUUUACACUAUGUAGAGCGAUAUCAGAACUACACAAUUUACCAUGAUAUUACAACAACUUUUAAAAGAACAACCAUCCGGAUGAAAAAGCAAAACAAAGGGCAUGGUCUUCAUUGCCAUCGAGCCAUCAUUACCAUCUGCAAGCUGAUUGGGAUUACAGACCUGUAUGCCAAACUUUCUGGAUCCAACAAUCUACUUAACCUCACCAGAGCUCUCUUUAAGGGUUUAGCAAAGCAGGAAACCCAUCAAGAGCUAGCAGAUAAGAAAAGCCUCUACGUGGUAGAAUUCCGUGAGGAGUGUGGCCCCCUGCCGACCGUAGUUGCUUCACCUAAUGGAGAUGUCAGGAAGGAACCAGAGCCUAUAGAUGAGGUUCCCAAUACCAAGCUGGAAUGGAGCGAAGUGAGAGUAGCUCAAGGAAUGAAACGUUCUUCCUGGGCACAUGUCAAAAGGACAGUGUGGUGAAGAGCUGGGAUCUGCCCAUGCCAAUAUUCAAAGAGGUACCGCAGCACAAACCCAGAGAAAGUCCAGCUCAGACCGAUGAUAUGGCUAGACGUGCACUUCAGCACCAUUUUGUGUUACUGCUGCUCUGCCUUGGAUGCUCACAGUCUCGUUGGCUUUUCUGCAAACUUCUCUUGCCAUCCACAUUCAGCUAAUGAACAAUCUGAAUGUAAAUGGCUGAUGUGCAGCCAUGCUGAUCUCAUAUGCACCAGGUCUCUGCUGCUAUCCUCAGACCUGGUCUGUAAUCAGGAAACCCUAGUUUUUUCUUUACAGCUAUUUAGGAAACUAUUAAAAACAUUACUAAAAUAAAA